AUGACACACCCUAGUCCCCAUGAACCUGGCUGUGCCUACAGCUUGCAAAAAGGGAACCAUGACGAGCCAGCAGGCUUUCUUCAGAUUCUUUUUGCUCUCUGCCUAGUGACCAGCGGUGUUUUGUCAGCCUGGGUCCGGAAUGAGGAAGACUAUGGAGCAGAGCCCGCCAGCGGGUUUCCAGCCACAGAGACUGGGGGCUGGUGUCUCAGUACCACAGCAGCCAGGAUCAUCCUGACUCGCACGAACCUGGCCUGGCUGACACCUGCUCCAGGCACCUGCCCCGUCUCGUGGGCCCAGGGCCUGGACCCUCGAAGUCAAGCGGACCACUGCCAAGGGACCAGUCACCAGGGGCCACUCACUGCCUGUGCUUCUGUUUGGCGCGAGCACACGGGCCUCCGAACGGCCGACGCUUGUUCCCGCCGCAAGCGGCAGCCAGAAGCGAGCGGCGGACCGGCCUGGGCGGGCAUCAAGCCCCUGCCGCCCCGCACCCGCCUCUGGCAGGGCCGCACCCGGGCCCAGGCCACGCGGGGCUCACGUCCCCCAGAGUCCGCCAGAGCUGCGGCUGCCCUCGUCGCCCGCCACGAAACGUCCCCACCGGCUCCGCUCGCGCCCGACGUCGGCCCCCGCGAAGCCCAGCGCCCGCACGGCGGGUCCUCGGCCCCCAGUGCGCGGGCGCGGAAGGCCGGCGGGGAGGCCCAGCGGGCGCAGGGGGGUCCGGCUGCCGAGCGGGGGCGGCUGCGGGGCGCUUUCCCCACACCCUCCCCGGCCCCGCUGCUCCCCCGCCCCCCGCCCCCCGGACUCGGCCCAGCCCUGUCCGCCCGCAAGGCCUUCGCCCGCUCAUCCCGCGGCCCCCGACCCCACCCGGGCUUGGCUGGAGGCGAGGGAGGAAAGACUUGGGAGGGUCGCGGCUCUGGGAGGCCGGCGGGCCGGAGCGGGGCGGCGAGCGUCACCGGAAGUGCCCGCGCCGCGGCCUCCCGGGCAGCAGGGUACACAGUCCUCCCGGCGCCUAGAGCGUCACCGGAAGUGCCGCGCAGCCGCGCGGGGGCGGCGGCGCUUCCGGCGAGCCGCGGGGCUGCAGGCAGGGAUUCCCACUCCUGGUGCUUCUGCAAGGCACGGCAAGGAGAGCCCCCAGGCCUGGGUCUCCAGAACACCACGGACAGGGCUACCCUGAUGGACACACACACAGCUUCCCUGGCACAGGUGACGGGUGGCAGCCAGGCUUCCUGCUGGCCUCCUUCAGUGGCCGAGCAAGGGGCUCAGAGUGCCAAGCCGACGCCAACGCAGGAGGCUUUGGAAGAAGAAGAGCCUCGCCAGGGAGAGAGAGUGCUGGGCCCAUUACAGGGGCCUCCCUGGGCCCUGGGGCUUCUGGACGGCUGUGGGAAUGAGGAGGCCAGAGACAGGCCCAGAGAUUCCCUGAAGAUACCAGUUGUUUCUGCGAAACCUGGAGGGCAGAGCGGUCUGGACGGCAGAGUGUCCCCGUCAGAGGCCUCCCCAAACGCUCCCUCUGCCUCAAACAGGAGGGGCCCCCACAAAGGGCGGCCUUAUCAGUGUGGCACCUGUGACCGGAGCUUCAAAUGCUAUUCGGACGUGGUGAAGCACCAGAGCAUUCACUCCGGGGAGAAGCCGUACGCGUGCAGCGACUGUGGGAAGGCCUUCAUCCACAGCUCACACGUGGUCCGGCACCAGCGCACCCACCACGGGGAGAAGCCCUACGUCUGCAAGGAGUGCGGGAGAGCCUUCAGCCAGAGCUUCAACCUUGUCCGGCACCAGCGCACUCACACGGGGGAGAAGCCGUACAGAUGUGCUGAGUGCGGCAAGUCCUUUGGUCAGCGGUCAGACGCCGCCAAGCACCAGAGGACACACACGGGCGAGAGGCCGUACGCGUGCAGCGAGUGUGGGAAGGCCUUCCUGCAUAGCUCCAAUGUGGCCCGGCAUCAGCGCACCCACCAUGGGGAGAGCCCCUACGAAUGUCAAGAGUGCGGCCAGGCCUUCAGCCAGAGCUCCAACCUCCUGCAGCACCGGCGAGUGCACACGGGUGAGAAGCCCUACGCCUGCCCCGAGUGCGGACGCGCCUUCAGCCGGAGCUCCUUCCUCAGCGAGCACCGGCGCAUCCACACCGGGGAGAAGCCGUACGCCUGCGGGGAGUGUGGCCGCGCCUUCAGAGCCCUGUCGGGCUUCUUCCGGCACCGGCGGGUCCACACGGGGGAGAAGCCUUUCCACUGUACCAAGUGCGGCCACGCCUUCCGCCUGAGCUCACACCUGAUCCAGCACCAGCGCGUCCACGGCACAGACUGAGCCUGCAAACGGGCCGGGAUGCGGGGGGUGCAGCACCCGUGAAACUCUGGCUGCGCCUGGAGGGCUGUGUCCUUCAUCCCACCUGCAUCAGGAGGAUGAGGGAGCAGCCUGGCACUUUAAGUUCUCGCCCAUGGGGAAGCCCCUAGUGCGUCUGCUGCUCCCCAGCUGGCGGUCAGAGGAGAAGGAGUCCAAGGAAGGCUGGUUUAAUAGCAGGGAACAAAGGCUUCCCCGAAGGAGGGCGAUCUGGUGAGGACACGUGUCCCCUGAGACUGAUUUCGCAUGGGUAGCACUUGCUGACGUGUGAUUCACAUUUGUGUACUGCAUAGAUCUUAAGGGCUGGGUUUUAUGAGAUUUGACGAAUGCGACCUGUUUUGACCUUUAGAACCGCUGUGCUCUCAAGAUAAUAGACUGUCUCCAUUAACCCCCUUAGCCUCAGAGGCACCCAGUGACGUCGUUUCUAUGGCUCUAGUUUUGCUCGUUAGUGGUUCUCUGUUUUGCGUUAUUGUUUUCUUAGUUCCAUGGUGGUUUUUAAAAGGCAAGAGUCCCUUUCUAUUUUGUGUCAAA